AAACACCCAUUGAAUCCCAAUUCCCAAAUAAGCUUUUUGUUACAUGCUCUUCUUUGUUUCUUCAUAGUUCAUACAUAUAUCAUUUGUAUUCUUCAGUUGUUUUUUGAUAUUCCUUUUAUAUAUUUUCUACAGAAUUUCUUAGGAAAGAAAGAAGCUUUACUGCCACUUAAUUGUUGACUUUGCUUUGACUUGGUUUCAUUUUAGUUAUAUAUCUUCUUUUAUUUUGAAUUAGGAUUUGUUCUUAGCUAAUAAACUUUCGUGGGUGUUCUAUUUUUCUCAUAAUUGAAGCUCGCCGGAAAAAGACAAACCAAAGGAGGUUAUUGAAUUGAAGUUUAUUGGGUAGCACUAACUCCAGCAUGUCAGUUGCUAUGUCCUGGAUUGUUACUCCCAGUCUUGAGGUUUCCAAUUGCUUCGGGUACUUGGAGACUGCCCGAGAGGGAACCCGAGUAUUAGAUCCAUCUAGGUUGGGUUCCCGGGAUAAGAAUAUGAGGUGUGGAGGCAGACUUGAGAAGGGUAAGCUGCGGAAGUGGAGUUCUAAAUCUUUCAAUGCUGAAUAUAGCUAUUCGUGUUUGGGUGGUUCUGAAUUAGAGAAUGGAAGUAUAUUUCCUGUGCAUUCAAGUAUGGUAGUUAGGGCAGAUGGAGAUAUGGCAGUGUCAUCAGAGAAAAAGGUAUAUGACGUGGUUCUUAAACAAGCAGCGUUGGUCAAAAGACAGUUCAGAUCUGAUGAGGAAUUAGAGGUUAAGCCAGAAAUGAUUCUUCCGGGGACUCUGAGCUUGUUAAGUGAAGCUUAUGAUCGAUGCGGUGAAGUAUGUGCUGAGUAUGCCAAAACAUUUUACUUGGGAACACUACUGAUGACCCCAGAGAGGCGGAGGGCUAUCUGGGCAAUAUAUGUGUGGUGCAGAAGAACUGAUGAAUUGGUAGAUGGACCUAAUGCGUCACAUAUAACUCCUUCAGCUUUGGAUAGGUGGGAGUUGAGAUUAGAAGAUCUUUUCAAGGGGCGUCCAUUUGAUAUGCUUGAUGCUGCUUUAUCAGAUACAGUAAUGAAGUUUCCUGUUGACAUCCAACCAUUCAAAGAUAUGAUUGAAGGGAUGAGGAUGGACCUUAAGAAGUCGAGAUACAAAAACUUCGACGAGCUAUAUCUUUAUUGCUAUUAUGUUGCUGGUACUGUUGGAUUGAUGAGCGUUCCAAUUAUGGGCAUUGCACCUAAUUCACAGGCAACAACGGAGAGUGUUUAUAAUGCUGCUUUGGCUUUAGGGCUCGCUAAUCAAUUGACUAACAUACUCAGGGAUGUUGGAGAAGAUGCCAGAAGAGGAAGGGUUUAUCUACCACAAGAUGAACUGGCUCAAGCAGGGCUUUCUGAUGAAGAUAUAUUUGCGGGGAAGGUUACCGAUAAAUGGAGGAAUUUCAUGAAGAAGCAAAUUAAGAGGGCAAGGAUGUUUUUCGAUGAAGCACAAAUAGGAGUAAGAGAACUCAGCCCAGCUAGUAGAUGGCCGGUAUGGGCAUCACUGCUGUUGUACCGUCAAAUACUAGAUGAAAUUGAAGCCAACGAUUACAAUAAUUUUACGAAGAGGGCUUAUGUCAGCAAACCCAAGAAAAUACUUGCUUUGCCAGUUGCAUAUGCAAAAGCUUUUGCUCCAACAGCAAGAACAAGUUCAACGUUUCUGAAAACAUGAAUGAUAUCAUGAAAUCAAAUCAAAUAGAAAGGUUCAUAUACUUUAGAAGCAGCAGUAAGUCAAAUAUUUGUAUAUUACACAAUUGGCCAUGUAAAAAUUCAUUUGUGUAGAGUCAAAUAAUUCUGCUUUACUAGUCAAAGUGCAUUACUAGAUACUUGUUGCUUAUGGUCUCAAGUUUGCACCGAAGUCUAAAAUCACUGUAUAAGGCAACUGUACCAAGAACCAUCAAGCCACUAGUUAUUUCGGCCAUGUCUCUCUCCCCUGC